GGCAGGCUGCUGCUCGCCAAGGAUCGGGACCCUGUGCGUCGGGCGAAGAGAUCCCUGAUCAGAGGAGUCUGUAGUAUCAGUUUGGAUUUCAUGGGAUCCGAAAGGAAGAGGCACCCGACUGCCAGCGCCCCGCAGCCCUUGCUCCGGAACAAAGGUGGCAGAGGUACACCCCUGCAAAGUCAGCUGCUUCUAUUAAUAAUUUCACUGGGAAUGGACAAUGGGAUGCUCUCUGGUUUUAUCAUGAUCAAAAACUGCUUCUUGCUCUGCUUCUCCAUGAAUUUAGCCAGUCAUUUUGGCUUUUCUCAAAUGCCAACAUCUUCAGGGAAAUAUGAUACCAAUGACAAUAUUACCAUAUUCACCAGGAUUCUGGAUGGUCUGUUGGAUGGAUAUGAUAACAGACUUCGCCCAGGUUUGGGAGAGCGAAUAACUGAGGUGAAAACAGACAUUUAUGUCACCAGUUUUGGUCCUGUGUCAGACACCGAAAUGGAAUAUACCAUUGAUGUUUUUUUCCGACAAAGCUGGAAAGAUGAAAGGCUUCGAUUUAAAGGCCCAAUGGAACGCCUCCCUCUUAACAAUCUCCUUGCCAGCAAGAUUUGGACUCCAGACACUUUCUUCCAUAAUGGUAAAAAAUCUAUCGCUCACAACAUGACCACUCCUAACAAGCUUCUACGCCUUAAGGAUGAUGGGACCCUUCUGUAUACAAUGAGGUUAACCAUCUCUGCUGAAUGCCCGAUGCAGCUAGAAGACUUUCCCAUGGAUGCACAUGCCUGUCCAUUAAAAUUUGGGAGCUAUGCUUAUCCCAAUUCUGAAGUGAUCUAUGUGUGGACUAACACACCAGCCACAUCUGUGGUGGUAGCAGAGGAUGGGUCUAGGCUUAACCAGUAUCACUUAAUGGGACAAAGUGUAGAUUCAGAAAACAUCAGUACCAGCACAGGUGAAUACACAAUAAUGAGAGCACACUUUCACUUGAAGAGAAAGAUUGGUUAUUUUGUCAUCCAGACUUAUCUUCCAUGUAUUAUGACAGUGAUCUUAUCCCAGGUAUCAUUUUGGUUAAACAGAGAAUCUGUCCCUGCAAGAACAGUCUUUGGCGUCACUACAGUCCUUACCAUGACUACUUUAAGCAUCAGUGCCCGAAAUUCCCUACCAAAAGUGGCCUAUGCUACUGCGAUGGACUGGUUCAUAGCUGUGUGCUAUGCCUUUGUAUUUUCUGCAUUGAUUGAAUUUGCCACUGUCAACUAUUUUACAAAAAGAAGCUGGGCCUGGGAUGGCAAGAAAGCUUUGGAGGCUGCAAAAAAGAAGAAAAAAGAACGUGAAUUACUGGCAAAAAAAGCCAUUAAUGCAUACAAUGCUGGAAGGAUGACGCCCACAUUAAACAUGCCAAAGGACUCUACCCCUUCAGUCAUCUCCAACAUUGCUUCUAUUCCAGUAAAACCAGUUGAAAAACCCACCGAAAGCAAAAAGACCUAUAACAGCAUCAGUAAGAUCGAUAAGAUGUCCCGAAUAGUUUUCCCAGUCUUGUUUGGAACUUUUAACUUAGUCUAUUGGGCCACAUAUUUGAACCGGGAACCUGUUAUAAAAGGUGCUGCUUCUCCAAAAUAAAUGGAAGGACUUCCAGGUCAAGUUUUAGCCAUACUUGCAAAAACACAUGCUACCAAGGAGAAUCGGAAGUUCCAAAUGACUUUCUACCUUUGGGCAAUAUUCUUCAGGAAGUUUUUGCAUGUUUAACAAUAUGUACAAAAUUAUUCUUGCCUUGAUUUGUUUCUACAUGUAACCUCAGAGAAGUUUCUGACAAUUACAUUAAUGGCAGCAGACACAAGUCUUUCUAGGACAAAGGAAGACAUGGGACAUGGCUUCUAUGCUGCUGCAGAGUGUUUCGCCUUGAUAGUUUACAAAUGAAAUAGGGUAUAUUUUUAAACUGUUUGGGCCUAUUGCAUACCCGCAGGGUUGGUUUUUUUUUUAAUAUACUUUGAAUGUACAGUUGUGCAAAUAGGUGGAGAACUAUGGACUCUGCAGCUGCCAAAGCAUUUAUACACUCUGUUUCAGUGUUUGUCAGCACAGCAGCUUUCUGGCUAAGAGCCCCAACACUGCAGGCCCAGAAUUUGCACACACAAGGGGAUGCACAACUCCUCUCACUAGCAGAAUUCAGGAUUAGUGGCAAAUUGCACAGAUAUAUGCUCCCCCCUUGAUCGUUUUGAUGUGUAGAACAAUUGUCACAAAUCAGAUGCCACAGUUACAGAUGCCAUUUUGCCUCAUGCUCCUAAUGCUGCACUUUUCAGUGAAUCCAGUCAGCAGUUGGAAGUCUCUGAAAACUGUGCCCAUUUUUUCACCUUUCCUUCUAUAAUAAGCAGGUGUAUCAAACUGGCUACAUGUGUAGCCAUGAGCAUUUCUAAAUAUUAUUGGUCUCUGUGGAAAACAUAGGAUGGGCAUAAUAACUCCUGAAAUGACUAUAAUACAGAAGCCUCUUCAAUUUGAUGGCCACACCCAGUAUCAGCUGGAAGUGGCAUGCAUAUCGACACACACAUGCCACCUCUCCACCAUCUUGCAUUCACUGUAUGUGUAUAUUUUUUAAGAGUGUGUAUUUAUUUUAAGAGUGUGCAACAGCAACACCUGAGCACACUAUUAAUAACUUAAGAGUUCUCUGAUAGCACAUACCAGUAUAUCUCCUAAAAGACACUUGACCUUCACCCCCUGAGAACCUGUUCAGCAUUGAUGCUUGGCAUUGUUGGAGACAUCAUGAUAAGCAAAGGGUGAGUGGCAGGUGGGACAAAAUGUUGAGUCAAUAAGGGUCAUCAGAUCAGGAGAAGCAAUGUCAGCAGAGUCAUGGUGGCCUGCACCGGAUCGUGGGAUGGGGGUAAUGCUGCCCACAUGCCACAGGUUGUACACUUCUCUACAUGAUCGUAUUGAAUGAUAAGAUAUUGUAUAGUGCAUAUGCUUGUUGAAUACACCUUUGAUUUCUUCAUGAUCUGGAAUUAACCAAGUUUUAGUGGUCCAGAUCAAGUAACCUAUAUCCAUAUUCCAUAUCUUUGGAGUUACUGAAUAUUUCUUAGCAUUUGAAGUAUCUUGGGAAUGGACCACUACAGACUCUAGAUGUUUUGGAACUGCAUCCUCAACACUCCCUCACCAUCCUCUAGGGCUGAUGUGAGUUACAGGACAAAAACUUCUGGAAGGCUGCAAUUGCCCACCUUCAAUCUAUUUGGAAGAGUCAAGCCACACUACAAAUCAAAUGGCCACCACCCAGCCACAAAAGGCUCAAACAGCUUUAGAGUCUGGGUCUUAGAAGGAGUGAUGGCCUUAAUAUAUUCUUUCACUCAGGGUAAGAACGGAAGGCCACUACCCCUGUUCCUCAAAACAGGAAAAUGAAGUCUUUAUUAUUAUUAUU